AUGCAUUUGCGCCAAAAUGGUAUAGACACAGGUUACACACGUUGGAUAUUCCAUGGAGAGCCACCAAUUUUUCAAGAAUCCGUUACAAAUGAUUUUCAGAAUGAGGAUGAUGAUUUAAGUGAGGAACACAUAGAUGGAGUCCAAGAGUUCUUAAAUGAUUACGAAAAUUUUGUGGAUUUCAACUCUCAUUUAAACCCCAAUAUAGAAAGUUGUGAAGUUGAUGAUUUUGAGAACAUGAUGAGGGAAGCAAAACAAGAAUUAUAUCCGGGUUGCACUAAAUUCUCAAAAUUGUCUUUAAUAGUGAAGUUGCUUCAUUUGAAAGUGUAUAAUAAAUGGAGUAAUAAAUCAUUUGACAUGUUGCUUGAAUUGCUAAGUGAAUGCUUACCUAUUGGAAAUACACUUCCACGUUCUCACUAUGAGUCUAAAGCUAUGCUUCGUAGUUUGGGAUUGGGAUAUAUAAAUAUUCAUGCAUGCAAAUAUGAUUGUGUAUUAUUUUGGAAGGAAUUAGAGAAACAUGAGUUUUGUCCUAUUUGUGGUACUUCUAGAUGGAAAGUUAAGGAUGGUAAAGGAAAGAAUAUUCCUCAUAAAAUAUUGAGAUACUUUCCUCUAAAACCUAGGCUUCAAAGAUUUUUUAUGUCAAAAAAAACUGCAAAAGAUAUGAGAUGGCAUAAAGAAAGACGAAUUGAUGAUGGUGAAUAUUUGCGUCAUCCGGCCGAUUCUAAGGCUUGGAAGGAUUUUGAUCAAGAGUUUCCAUGGUUUGCUAAUGAUGCACGGAAUGUUAGGCUUGGUUUAGCUUCAGAUGGAUUCAACCCAUUUGGUAAUAUGGAUAAUUCUUAUAGCAUGUGGCCUGUUAUAUUAAUCCCUUAUAAUUUACCGCCAUGGAUGUAUCUCAUGGAAUUAUGGGAAAGAGGUGUGACAACAUAUGAAGAUCUCAUGGAAUUAUGGGAAAGAGGUGUGACAACAUAUGAUGCUUGUUCUUUAACAAAUUUUCAAGCAUAUGGCAACUUGUCGGGGUGGACUAUAAAUGAUUUUCCAGCAUAUGGCAACUUGUCGGGAUGGCGAAGCAAGAAGUUUAAUGGAAAAGUGGAGAGUCGAAGUGCCCCUUUGGAGUUAUCUGGUGAGGAAGUGUUAAGGCAACUACAUGAAAUAAGUGACAGUCCAUUUGGGAAGCAUCCGAACAAAAGAAAAAGGAAACGAAAUCUUGAAGACCUUAACUGGUGUAAAAAGAGUAUAUUCUUCAAGCUUCCAUAUUGGAAAAAAUUGAAAUUAAGGCACAAUCUUGAUGUUAUGCAUAUUGAGAAAAACAUAUGUGAUAAUAUCAUUGGAACUUUGCUAAAUAUUGAUGGAAAAAAUAAGGACACUUUGAAAGCAAGACAAGAUUUAGAUGAUAUGAAUAUUAGGAAGGAAUUGCAUUUGGUUAAGAAAUUAAAUGGAUCAUAUGAAGUUCCACAUCCAUGUUAUAUGUUAACAAGAGAAGAGAGAUUGAAAUUUGCAGAAUUUUUGAAGUCUGUUAAGUUUCUAGAUGGUUAUGCUUCUAAUAUCACUAGGUGUGUGAAUGUUGAUGGUAAACUUAUGGGUUUAAAAAGCCAUGACUGCCAUGUUUUAUUACAAAGAGUAUUACCUAUUGGAGUGCGUGGAAGCUUAGAAAAAGAAGUUACCACUGUGUUAUCUGAAUUAGGAGAUUUCUUUAGGAAGUUGUUGUAA